UUGUAGCCGGCUGGCCGGGCGGGGCGGCAGCGGCGAGUGCUGGCCCGGGCCGCGAUGGGCGCGCAGGAGUGAUCGGCCUGUGGGCUCCCUGCUGCCGCGGACCGGAGGGGUUGUGCCCGCAGCUCGGCACCCAGCGGCGCGCCCGCAGAGGCCGCCUCCGACCGAGAGAAGCAUGUUCCGGCUGAUGAGGGAUGGCGAGCCGGAGGACCCCAUGUUUGCCAUGGACCCUUUUGCCAUCCACCGGCAGCACAUGAACCGAAUGCUCUCGGGAAGCUUCGGCUUCGGCCCACUCCUUGGCAUCACUGAUGGCACCACCCCUGGGGCUCGCCAGCCUGGUCGGAGGAUGCAGGCAGGAGCUGUUUCACCCUUUGGGAUGCUCGGCAUGGCAGGUGGCUUUAUAGAUAUGUUUGGGAUGAUGAACGACAUGAUUGGAAACAUGGAGCAUAUGACAAGUGGUGCUAACUGCCAGACAUUUACCUCCUCAACUGUCAUCUCCUAUUCCAAUUUGGGUGAUGGGCCUAAGGUCUACCAAGAGACCUCUGAGAUGCGUUCAGCACCUGGUGGGAUCCGUGAGACCAGACGGACUGUAAGGGACUCUGAUAGCGGCUUGGAACAGAUGUCAAUUGGACACCACAUCAGAGAGCGGGCACACAUCAUGCAGCGGUCCCGGAAUCAUCGCACGGGUGACCAGGAGGAGAGGCAGGACUACAUCAACAUGGACGAAAGUGAUGCAGCCGCAUUUGACGAUGAGUGGAGGCGGGAGACCUCCCGCUUCCGGGCACAGCGGGGGCUGGAUUACCGGCGGCACGAAGGCGGCAGCGGCCGUCGGGCUGAAGGGACUCGUCUUGCAAUCCAGGGCCCUGAGGAUUCUCCCUCCAGACAGUCCCGUCGGUAUGACUGGUGAACCCAGAGCAGACCUUGUGGGGGGUGCAGUGUGGCCACCCCCAAAUCUACCUACACGCUCUUGUACAGACAGUGAAACUCUGAAGCCCCUUCAAAGCACCACUCGGACCCUAUUCAAAUUUAGUAUUAACCUCUCUCCCACUUAAAGAUUUGAAACAAAGCAACUAAUCUUAUGCAUUGCUCUUCUUUGCCCCAUUUGGGUGCUGCAGUGGGGCGUGGGGAAUGUUACCAAUGUGCAAGGAAUGCAUUCAUUGCCCACUGCCCUUCUGCUCUCCCUCAUUUCUGUUCUUUCUGCCGGUAGUGGUAGGCAUGAGGAGCUGCCACCUUUCCUCUUCCAUACUUUCCACUCUUCUGUGCUGGGUUGGACUGGUUCUGAAGUUUGUGUUUAGUCCCCUGUGAAAGAAAUAGGAGGGAAUUCUGCUAGAACCCCAUGUCAGUCCCCUCAC